AUGCCCUCAAGCUCACUAGCCGAUUACCUCGCAAAGAACUACCUCACUGUAGAUCCAGCACCAGCAAACUCCGAGCGGCCCAAAAAGAAACGCAAGAAGGCCAAAGCAGCAGAAUCCGGCACAGAUGGUGGCGGUCUCAUAAUUGCAGACGAUGACCCGCCCGAUCUACGCAGCACGGCGGGGCUGUCGGCGCGCGACAACGACGAGUACGGACCGGCUGUUGUGUCGGGCGGGCGGAGCGCGGAGUUUCGGCGCGCGAAGAAGAGUAAUUGGAAGACGUUAGGAUCAGGGACUACGGGUGCGGAUACAAAUACGGAGACUACGGGGAGUGAGCGCGAUGCGGCGGAUGCAAUUCUAGCAGAUGCGAUGGCGGAGGAGAACGCGAGACGGGCUGGCGGUGAUGAGGAUCCGAUGGUUGUUGAUCAGGAUGAAGAUGAUGACGGAUUACGGAUGGAGUCUGGGGCUCGGGCGGGACUACAGACGGCGGAGCAGACGGCCGCGAUGAUUGCUGCUCAGAAGAAGCGAAGAAAAGCAGAGGAGGCUCUGUAUAAGGGAAAGAAACAAGGGGACGAGGCCGAGGAAGGGCAGGAGACGGUAUACCGAGAUGCGUCGGGGCGAAUUAUCAAUGUUGCCAUGAAGCGGGCAGAGGCGCGACGGGUGGAGGAGGAAAAGAAGAUCAAGGAGGCCGAGGCGAAGGAGGCGCUCAUGGGGGAUGUGCAAAGGCAGGAGAGGGAGGGGAAGAGGCAGGCUCUGGAGGAGGCGAAGGCGAUGCCACUGGCGCGCACGGCGGAGGAUGAGGACCUGAAUGACGAGCUGAAGGCGCAGAGUCGGUGGAAUGAUCCGGCGGCGCAGUUUUUGACCAAGGCCGCUGCGGGCGUGAGCAAGACGGGGAAGCCGUUGUACAAGGGGGCGUUUCAGCCGAAUCGGUAUGGGAUCAGGCCGGGGCACCGGUGGGAUGGGGUUGAUCGGGCGAAUGGGUUUGAGAAGGAGUGGUUUGCAGCCAGGAACCGCAAGGGCAGGAUGGAGGCGCUGGAGUAUGAGUGGCAGAUGGAUGAAUAG